CUACAGGCCAAACCCACAGCACAAUAGAGAUAGUGGGCUAAUUUGCUAAAAUCUUUUGCUAGCUCGCUGGCUAGCCCGUUUUGUUAAAGAAUUAACGGUUUAAAAUUUAAAAUAAUCAGACUAUAAUUGUAUAAAGGUGGUUUGCUUGUGUAGUUUCCAAAUAUAAACCUGUCUAUCCGUCGAAUUUAAUUCAAAUAUUAGUGUUUUGUGUGACGUUUUGGUAUAGCUAGCUAACUUAGCCUCAGCUCCAAUUCCACUUUGAACGAAGGCGCUAGCUUGUUAGCAGAUUAGCUUGUGAGGUAAACUGCAUGCUAGCUGUUUGACAGAAGGACUCUGCGGCUUCGCUGCUGCAGUUUUAACGUUUAAAUCUUUGCUAAUUAUAUUAUUUAGUCACUACAUUUGCUGCUUAAGUCUAGUGCAAAUUAGUCAGUCUUGUAAUUAACACCUAAAUCACCUAAAUCUGGCUUUAGCAAAAGAAAACGACUCAAAGUUGAUUGAGCUAGAUCACUUUUUUCUCGUUAAGGCUAAGCUAGCUAGCUACGACUGGGCUAGCUAGCUAGCUUGGCUAGCUUUUAAGCUAAAUGCUUCUUACGAGAAUGGACCUUUUGAGCCACCGAUUUAUGGAUAAAAUGAACAAUAACAUCGGAAGACUUCACUACGAUUCUUAUGAUGAUGAUUCCGGGGACUCCAGGAUGCACACUUUGUCCUCUUCCACAGGAAACAGCAGGACAGGGACACCGAUAAGCCCGAUUAAAAGGAAGUUUGAUGAUGUAGAAGUGGGGAGCGGUCAGGAGUACCAAAACGAACAAAUGGCCAAGAUGAGCUGCCUGCUUUCCUCUCACCUGGGAAAUCCAGCGGACGGAGACACCAGGCCGGAACCUUGGGCUCACUGCCACAACCCGUUCGAGCACGCUUCCUCCGCCAUCAGUGGGCUCCACGCCGGCCGCCUGUAUUCCCCGUUCCACUUCUACGCCAUGGAGCAGCCGCUGGCUCUGACCAAAAACAGCGCGGACGCCGCCAGGUCCUCCUUCCUCCCGUCGCUCGGCUCUACAGAGCGGCAGCAGAAUCGCCCGUCUGUGAUCACCUGCGCUCCGGCGAGCAACCGCACGUGCAGCCUCUCUAACUGCCACAUGUCUCCGAACGGCUUCUCCCCCGCCGUCAGUAACGUCAAGAGCAAAGCUAACGCCAACGCCGUGUGUGAUCCCGUGAUUGAGGAACAUUUCCGCCGCAGUCUGGGGAACAUCUACAGAGAGCCGGAGGUGGCGUCUAACUCCGUGUCGAUCACCGGGUCGGUGGAUGAUCACUUCGCCCAGGCGCUGGGAGACACCUGGUUACAGAUCAAAGCCAAGGGCAGCGGCUCCGGCAGUCCCGAGUCCACUUCAUAAAGUUCUCCACAGAACCCGUCUGAACCUUCUGGGUUGGUUUGUCCUGGGUUACACUCCUUUCACACCAAGUCUGAGCUCUGAAAUUAUUAUUAUUAUUAUUAUUAUUAUUAUUAUUACUGGCUAAACACGCUCUCUUCCAUGCCCGUUGUUUGAUUUUUAAUUUUUCUAGGCUUUUGAUUGGAUCAGUAAUUUUUACCUUCAUGAUCUGUAGUUUAUUACAAGUCACUAAUUUUAGUUUCUUUAUUUUAAAAUCCGUUAGAAAAAAGACUUCAGCUUUAACGCUCCUCUCUCUGUCUCUCUCUCUCUGUCUCUCUCUCUGUCUCUGUCUCUCUGUCUCUCUGUCUCUGUCUCUCUGUCUCUCUCUCUCUCUCUCUCUCUUUUAUGAAACUGAUCUUAGAUCAUUAGGAUCUCGUACAGGAUCCUAUCAGAUUACAAACUGAAAUGGACAGUUGUGUAGGAAUGACGGCACUGAAUUUAAAGCGGCAGUAUGUAAUGUUUAAACUUUUCCACUCGGCCGACUUUCAGCCAUUUUAUGCCACACGAGUCACCCUUAAGGUCUGAUUUAUACUUCUGCAUACAUUUAUUUUAUUUAUUUUAAGUCGAGAAAGGAAAAGGUGUUUAAACGUGUAAGCGAGUAAUCGAUGUGAAUUCCUGCGAAUAAAAUCGCAGUCUGUACGAUUAAGUAAACGCUGAAUCUAGUCACAGUGGGAUUGGGACGAGACCGAAACGCUCGACUCGGAAUCAGAACCAGCGCAAAACCUGCUUAACCAGAGCGGGUCAGGAAUCUGUUAGCUAAAUAACAUUAUACUGUGAUCUGAAACACUAUGCAUUUUAUUUUUAAGAGCGCUUUUACGUUUAUUAUUCCGUUUGUCGAGUCCGAGUCAGAGCGAAAUUGGUUCUUUUGGCACAUAAUGAAACGAAAAGGUAAAUAAGUGAUUUGAUAAUUAUAUAAAUAACUCGCUUACGACAUUUAUGACAUUUUACGUAUCACCCAGUGUUUAUUUUCUCACAUCUCAGAGCUACAGCUCUGUCCUCGUUCUCCGUUUAGCAGCUUGGGGGCGAAAAUAAAGAUCCGUUUGAAUCACUUCCUGCAGUGAGUCGAUUCAGAGUCGAAUCACUUUCUCACUCGAGUUCAUUGAAACCCCGUCGCUCGGACGCUCUCUCUGACCCGAGCGUGAUCGCUCGAUUGGGUUCUCAUGUGUCUAAAGAACCGCACUGAGGCGGAGAACACACCAGGGUUCUGCUCACACACACUGAAUAUUGCAGAGUUUCCUGUACGCUGUGGUUUGCUCAACGCCACACUGCCCCCUAGUGACAGAGUCUGAUAACACACACCACUGUCAGCAAUGCAAAUCUCUGAAUGUGUACGAAGAACCAUAAAUCAGACCGAAAAGGGGGUGGGGCUUAGUGGCUGUGCCUUGUUUGUGGGCGGAGCUAGUUGUGUAAACAGAAGCAUGUGCUUACAUUGCACAGUUUUUCUACAGUGUAUUAUAUAUAAACCUUUUAACCGUUUUAAACACUUUUAAGACAGAUAUUUAACAUGAAAGUUCUCUUCAUCGCUGUGAUGAAGCUCAGAUCAUCGUCUUCACGUGAACGCCACCUCGUGGCCAUUUUAAAAAAACAAACAAAAAAAAAUACCCAGGAUUUUUCACUAAAUUCUCAGUCCUGUGGCGUAGAUUAUGCAGUGCUUUGCUUAGCGUCGUCCCGAUGCGCGUAUAGGAGAGUCGCUUUCCACAUUUUUGUCUUCAGAUUGGAGAAACUUGUACAUGACUUGGUGUGAAAGGUAAAAAUUUCUUUUUUGAACAACAGAUUUAUGUGAACAGGGCUGCGAACAAAUAUCAGUCAUGGAGUUUAUUUUGAAUUGUUUUUUUUUUUUUAAAGGGCUGCCAAAGACGCUUUCUACUAUUCUGAAACAUUUUUUAUAACCGUCACAAACAUACAGAUUUUUGGAUUUAAAACAAAACAAAACAAAAAUAAGCAACCUGCAGUUCCAGAGUAUCAGCCGAUUCUGUUUUCAGAUGAAUCGCGUUUUGGAGUUUUGAUAAUUUUACAGUUAUAAUUACACAAAUUCUCAGAAAUCCUGUAAGAUAUCCAGCAUCCUGGGCUUUGGACCGAGGACGCGUUUAACUUUUCAUCUCUAAUACACACUCAUUAACCUGACACACACACACACACACACACACACACACACACACACACACACACACUCUCUCUCUCUUUGUCUGUUUUAUUUGUAAUCUUUAAUCUGCUUAAGUAUGUACUUCAAAUAGCUGGUAUCUAUUACACACAGACUUCUAUCUUUAUACCGUUCGUUCUUAGUUUUAUUUUUUAAUCAGUAACGGUUUUAGAAAGUCCUGCUGCUGGAACAGUGUACUCAAUAUAUUUUUAUAACAAAUGUCUUUUAGAUAUGACGGCACCUCGCUUCGAAGCACAGCCUCUGGAAAGGCAUUUACAUGCAGUAUACACAGCUUUUUAAAUAAUUAUUUCAGUUAUACAGAUUUAUAACGCUUUUUUUUACAGGACUGAGCGAGACGAACAGCAGCUUUACAGCACCGUUUCCUUAUUACACUGCCGUGGUGUUCUACAGUUUUAUUAUCAUAUUUGAUAUUUUUUCACAAACACAAGCGUCCCAGAUGUGUCCCGCGUCUGGAAUAGCCAUGUGCCGAUAUCCAGUUUUAAUAUUUCAUCAUGUUAUUACAGUACUUUUUAAACUAAAAAAAAAAAAAAAACAAUUUAUUUACUGCAUGUUUUUCUGAUGCAGUAAAUAGAAUUUUUUCCGUGAUGGAUAUAAUUGAGUGCAAACUGGCUUCUGGAUGGAAAGAAGGAAAUGAUGCCGUAUAUUACAUCCUGCAAAAAAAAAAAAAAAUUCCAAAAUAAUAUCUUAACACACACUAUUUGAUAAUUUUCAUUACAGCUGAUGAAGGAAAACGUGUAGAUGUGCCACAUUUCACACUUUUUGUGUUGGCGCUCUGAAUUUUAAUACGAAUUAUCACUCAAAAAUUCACCUUCUUUCAUCCCUACAAAUAAAAUCUGCAGCGAACCAAUCGACACGCGAAUCUUGAAUGAUUGACAGAUGCGUAGUUGCCCCGCCUCCUUCUCCCCGCAUGCCACGUUUCGGCCGGUGCUCUCGUCUCGACUCGAUUUUCACGCUCGAGAGUCACGGUAAAAAAUUUAUAUUCACAAACAGCACCUUUUUUGUUUGGAACAGGAAAAAAAAAAAUGACAAUUUAGACAAAAAGAUUAAAAAGUCCUGCUACUGUCAUACAUCUAACACUUAAAAAAAUUAUUUUAACAAUAAUGACGAUUGUAAGAUGAUUUAAAAACGCAAACGUAGCCCAUCCUACAGCGGGACUGCGCAUUAUUACUCUAACUGGCAGAUCUGCACGUGUGAAACCCAACACACUAAAUGUCUCGUUGUUAUAAAUCAACACUCACUCGGUCCCUGGGUAUCCCCCCCCCCCCCCCCCUUCUCUCUCUCAGGGUGCACAAACUUUUGCACUCAAUAUGACAUACAGUGAAUCAAUCACUUUUCAAUAUUAAAGUCAGUAUUAAAACACUGAGGCUCUUAUUCGUCAGAUUUUAUCUUUAAAAAACAAAAACACACAAACACUGCUGCAUUCUUGUCCAAAUGAAACAGGAUAAAUUUUAUACCUGAUUAUCGGCACAUGUUCUGAACUUUUUUUUUUUUUUUUUUUUUUUUUUUUUCGGUCCAGCGUAUGAACCAGUUAGCGCGUCCCACAUUCCCGCUGUAAUCGCGUCCGGUCUGGUUUUCCUCUCCCUGGGGCCGCCGCCUGACGCUCGCUCAUUUACACUUCUAUAUUCUCAUUUUUCCGACCGCGAGUCGAGUUUGGAAUCUCGAGUCUCUGUAAUUAGUUCUCGUAUCGAAUAAACAGAUUAUAUUUUCUCACCAAACUCUUACAAGCAGCAGGAUAACCGUACAUGAGCUGUUCAGGGAGGGAGUUUCCAUGGUAACCGUUGACAUUAAAGUCACGUAGCAAGCGAUCGUAUAAUUGUCCACGAGUUGCUGUGAUUUUAUACGCGGAUUACACCGUCACGUUUAAAUCACUUAUUCAUUUCAGUUACCAGUUUAAUGAAGAAAAAGCAAUUCCAAGACAAAUCUGUAAAUUAAGAUGAUAUAAGCGUAGCCAUUCAGUUAGGACAAAAGUAAUGGCGCCCUAUAAAAAGAGGAGGAGUCAGUGUGUGUCUGUGGUGGCCGACGUGCCGCGGUGGCCGAGCUGCGUUACUGGAAGACUGAAAGAGGAGGCGCUGUUUCACCGUUUAGUCGCCAUUUUGUCAUUUUCGGCUCUCUGGUGAGCUUUGCGCCUUUUAUGGAGAUUUGUGGGUGUGGCUAAAUGUUAAUACUAUGAAAGUGAUUGGUAAUUACCACCUGAGUGGUGUUUAUCAGCGUACACACGUUAGUACGAAGAAAAUCUAAGUUACCAAAAUGUUCGUAAAUUAGGAGCGAGUUGUUUUUUUACACACAACUUUUAGUUAAAGGUGGAAGAAUCGAUGUUGCUGCCUUCUGAUGGAGGACAAAAGCUGCUCCAACAUGCGAGUGGAAGUAGUGAUGGCAUUUUCACUCGUUUGUGAUAAAAAAUAUUGUUUAAAUUUUUAUAAAGUUAUAGCGUGUAAUAGAUUAUUGGCACAUGCUUCCUGUUGAGCACCAGAACAAAAACGCUAAAGGGCCUGUUUCAACAUUUAAGAUAUAAACUGUAAAAUAAUCAUCAUUUAAUUAAUAUUUUAAAAUAAUUCAACAUGUAGCGCGAUGUUUCCGACACGCCAAAGCGAAUAUUAACUCCACCGAGGUUUUUCGACUUCCCUGGUUUUUUUUUUUUCUGUAGCAAAAACACUCUGAAUUUUUGUGUAAUAUAAAAUGACCAUCGUUACGCAGUGCGUGAUGAAUGACCAGUUUUUAUCUCUCGAUUUUUACUUAAAACUUCACAUUAUCUUCAUAUUUAAUAUCCAUUUCGCAUGCCUCUCUCAUUUUCUCUCUCUUUUUGUUUUCUUGAAAAAAGUUGAUCUUUUUUUUUUGUUUUGUUUUUGUUUGUUUUUGAGGAACUGUCCGAGGUCAGUUGACUGCCAGAACAGUUUGGGGGGAAAAGUCUAAAUAUUAGCCGGAGGUUCGAGGAAGUUUGAGAAUCACGUGUACGACGACGUGCGUGUUGUUCGUGGUUAAAGCGGUAAAGGGGCUGCGUCCUCGCUUUCUCUCCAAAUAAAUAGCGAGAAUAUUAUAGCUAGUUUAUAUGUAACUCUAUUUACUUAUUUGGCUGUUUUUUUUUUCUUACAAGUGCCACUUUUGUAUUCAUUAAACGUGAGAAAAUAAAUAAAAAGUCUUUUAACAA